AAAUUGUACGCUGUUUUUGAGUAGGCAGAGGAGUGUUAGUUAAAAUAUAUAAUAUGAAUAAAUUAGAUUAUCCCCGGCGGAAUGGAGCCCACAAAGUACGAAUAACGAUAUUGUGUGCACGGAACUUGGCUCGGAAGGAUUUAUUUCGGCUCCCUGAUCCAUUUGCCAAAGUGCAGGUGGAUGGCACAGCACAGGUCUAUACCACGGAUAUUAGUAAGUCGUCUCUAGAUCCCAAAUGGAACGCGCACUACGACCUUUUUGUAGGUAGUAACGAUGCUGUUACGAUUACUGUAUGGAAUCAGCGAAAGAUACAUAAAGCUAGUGGUUUUCUCGGCUGUGUACGCAUACCUGCGGAUUCAAUACAGAGGCUGAAGGGCAUGGGAUUUACGCGAUUGAAUUUAGGCAAACUGUCUCCUGAAGAUGAUGAUAUGGUUCGUGGCCAGAUUAUAAUUGCUUUAUUGUCAAAAGAUGGUCCAUGUGGUGGCAAUCCUUUGGCAGUAGUAGGUCCCAGCGGUGACAUUCGCGGUCCAUCGGAGGAUGAUUCGUCUGAGGACAGUUUGCCAGAAGGUUGGGAGGAGCGUCGCGCGGGUAAUGGUCGUGUAUAUUAUGUUAAUCAUGCAACGAAAUCAACCCAAUGGGAUCGACCCAAUACGCGUCAUCGUCAACGCUCGGCUGGGCAACAUAGUCAAGUUACUAGCUUGAAUCAGCCUGCUGGUCCAACUCGCUCGACAACUUGUACAAACCUUCUUAAUGGCCAAAAUAACUGUAGCAGUGGGAGAAAUGGAGGCGAAGCAGCCGACGAAAGACGUCAUUCCACGGAAAUACUCACCUCAUCGAGUGUGGGGAGUAGCAGUAUUAACAAUGGUAGCAAUACAAACACUGCCAUUCAAUUGGGCAAAGAAAAUUGUAGUCCAAAGCGGUUAGAGAAAGAUAUUAGUAAUAUGCCAUCGGCAGUACCCAGCACAAAAAAAGCAAUCCAACAGACUCGGGCUAGUAAUCAACAAAAUCAAGCAUGUGCUAGCGUGGCUAAAGUAUCUGAUGGACCUCUGGCAGCCACACAACAGGUGCGAGGAAAUGAUUAUAUAGCACCGGCAACAAAUACAAUGAUAACCACAACAGCAGCGACAGUUUCAACGACAACAACAACAACACCCAUCACGUCUUAUUUUGUGAAUUCGGAGGGUGUUGCCCAUGGAGUAUCACGCAAUGACAAUCAGGGGAAAUCAUCGAAGUCAGAAACAAUAUCACAUACCAAUCAAGGGGCGUCUUUAUUUAAUGGGCAUAACUUAUCGGAGUUAGGUGAUGGACCUCACAUUUUAGGAACACCGGCAACACCACAGCGUCAACAUACUCAAAAUCAGGCCAAUGGUAAUGCUAGUACGAGCGGAUCAAAUACUCCUCUGUCGCAGACAAAUGGUUGGAGUACCGAAGCAAGUGAACAACUUUCGUCGACGAUACCUACUACUAUGCUAGUAAGUCCGACAUCAGGCAAUGGCAAUGCUUGUGGAAGCAGCGUUGUUAGCAGUGUUGGUCUGGUGCAGAGAUCCAACUCGAACUCGAACUUACAAUUAUCAACACAAGCAAGUUCAACGCCGUCAAAUGGCAAUCAACGCGAGAGGGACCGUGAUCGUGAUAGAGAACGUGAACGAGAUUCACGCAAUGGGGGUAUACCGCCUACAAACUCCACUGCUUCAACAGCAAUAACUCCUGGUCAACGUUCACAGCGACGUGCUACACGUGGUAGUGAAGAUUCAUCGCGUCGCCGUUCUUCGCGAAGCACGCGAGCUGCUAAUAGUAGCGGCAGUGGUGGUAGUCAUCGAUAUGCGAUUUGUAACACCAAUGGUGCUAAUCUGACAGCACGUCCUUUUAUGGACCUACCCGCAGGUUAUGAGAUGCGUACAACUCAACAAGGUCAAGUGUACUUUUUUCACACUCCUACGGGUGUAUCGACUUGGCACGAUCCGCGCAUACCUCGCGAUUUCGACACGCAACAUCUAACACUUGACGCAGUGGGACCUCUACCUAGUGGUUGGGAACAACGAAAAACUGCAUCUGGAAGAGUAUAUUUUGUAGAUCAUAACAAUCGGACGACACAGUUUACUGAUCCCCGAUUUAAUUGCAAUAUAUUGCAAAUGAUACGACGAGGUACGCUGUCUAGUAAUGGAAGUGGUUCCGGUGUGGUGGCUGCUGUGGUUUCAACGGGUAAUGGUAGCAUUGUACAGCACCUUUCUCCUGCAGCCUCCCAUCCGCUGUCUGGUAAUAAUAGCGGAGGAGCAAGCAGUAAUGGCGGUGCUGCUAGUGGAGGUUCUAGUACGCCUCAUCGCAUAGCAAAUAGUGCGGCUGCCCCACCCGCAGAUCUUCCACAAGGUCUUCUAGAAGGUGCUGAAUUGUUACCAAAAUAUCGUCGCGAUUUAGUUGGAAAAAUGCGCGCUUUGCGUACCGAACUGCAGACACUGCAACCACAGUCCGGUCACUGUCGUCUUGAAGUGUCACGUAACGAAAUCUUUGAAGAGAGUUACAGACUGAUUAUGAAAAUGCGACCUAAGGACAUGCGCAAACGUUUAAUGGUAAAGUUCAAGGGAGAGGAAGGCCUCGACUAUGGCGGCGUUGCGCGUGAAUGGCUGCAUUUACUCUCACGGGAAAUGCUUAAUCCCCAGUAUGGAUUAUUUCAAUAUUCACGCGAUGAUCAUUAUACGUUGCAAAUUAAUCCAGACUCUGGUGUUAAUCCAGACCACUUAUCAUAUUUUCACUUCGUUGGGCGCAUCUUAGGAAUAGCGGUGUUUCAUGGACACUGCUUGGAUGGUGGCUUUACGACACCUUUUUAUAAGCAACUACUUAACAAACCCAUCACAUUAAGUGAUAUUGAAGGGGUUGAUCCAGAGUUGCAUCGUAGUCUAACAUGGAUGCUCGAAAAUAAUAUAACAGGUAUUAUAGAUUCCACAUUUAGUGUGGAAAAUAAUAGCUUUGGUGCAUUGGUAGUUCACGAACUAAAACCAUCAGGUGCCUCAAUACCAGUUAUCGAGGAUAAUAAGCGCGAAUAUGUCAAGCUUUAUGUGAAUUAUAGGUUUAUGCGCGGUAUUGAGCAACAGUUUUUGGCAUUGCAGAAAGGUUUUUGUGAACUCAUUCCAAGUCAACUUUUACGCCCAUUCGAUGAGCGAGAGUUAGAGUUGGUGAUUGGAGGUAUUUCGAGCAUAGAUGUUAGUGAUUGGCGCAUAAAUACAAGACUGAAACAUUGCACCCCGGAAACGCCACAAGUUAUUUGGUUCUGGCAGGUGGUGGAAUCCUAUUCCUCUGAGAUGCGAGCACGUCUUUUGCAAUUCGUAACUGGUUCAUCACGUGUUCCAUUGCAAGGUUUUCGAGCGUUGCAAGGCUCAACUGGAGCAGUUGGACCACGCUUGUUCACCAUACACCUUACUACAGAUGUGCCAACGCAAAACUUGCCAAAAGCACAUACGUGCUUCAAUCGCAUCGAUUUACCGCCUUAUGAAACGUAUCAGUUGUUGUGCGAUAAACUGACGCAGGCUGUGGAGGAAACUUGUGGAUUUGCCGUAGAAUAAUUGCAUAAAUAGUGGUUACCUGGUGGUAGAAUAAAACGAAUAAAAUACAUACCUAACGACUAUUGCGGCAAUAAAUAGGGCCCAUUCGUAAAUGAUAACAUGUAUUUUUGCAUUACUUGUUUAGAUGGAAUGAAAGAACACACAUCACUGCUACUCUCAUUUUCCAAUUUGUUAAUUUAUUAGUUUUUAUUGAUUUAUUGUUGCCGACUUGUGUUGUGGUUCGUAAGCGCCGCAACGAAAUUAUACAUACUCAUGUAUAAGAAAACAUGCAUACAUAAUAUAUAUGCUAACCAAUAAAGAUAUACACAUAUACACCUAUGUAUAUGCAUAAA